GUUUCUCUUGAUUCAGCUAUCUAUUUCUCUGAAUCUUCUCUCUCUCUCUCUCUCUACUUUGUUCUCUCCUGGAAAACUUUCUCCGAAUUUCUUCCUACUAAUCUUCCUGCCUCUGGCUUGCUCUCUGUCUCUUUCUCUUCAUUUUUUUAGUCUGUAUUGCUUUGCACUCCUCUUCUAUUCAGAGUUUUUACAGAGAAAAACGAUUAACAAUGAACGCGAAAAAUCUCUCCCUCGUUAUUUUCUUCGUUCAAAUGUAUUCCUCUCACCAUUUUUUAAUGUCGACAACUACAAUGAAAUUACAUCAAAUUCCUCAUAUUUACGAUUUAAACGUUCAAGUUCCGUCAUCUCAAGUUGACCUGUGGAAAGAGAUUCAUAUAAAUACAAGUGGUAUUGUGGUAAUUGAUGAAGUAAACCCAGCAGAGUUUCCUUUGUAUACGAAUAAGAUUGUGAUUGUGACAAAAUAUUUGGGAGGAAGUCAAUUAACGUUCAUUGAAGAUACUAGAAUUCAUGCAAAAGCUUUAGUUAUUACCAUACCAAUUCCUAGUCUAUUUUAUGAUCCAAUCUAUGAAUUGAUUCCUGUUGCUUUUGCUAAUCCAUCUUCUAUAAAUUUUACUUCAGAGGUAAAGAUGAUAAUGUUAAGUUUAACGCAAGAUUUACCUCUAGACGGAGGAUCGAAGAAUUUUAUGCAGACUAUAAUGAAUGGAGGAGCUUUUAAUCAAAUAAUUGAUGGAAAUUAUUCAACUUGUUCUACACCUUUGCAGUACAUUUCAGUUAUUUUGCCAAGUACUAAAAUGUGGGUAGGAAAGGUAACAGUCUGUACAACGGAACAAAAUGUUCACUUGAAUGUUUCAUUCUAUUCACCCAAUGGACCAAGUUGUAAUUAUACUGGAACUUCACCUGCACAUGUUGGAUGCCAGAUAUUUUCGUGUUAUAUCCUUAGGUAUAACUCUCAUUACACGAAACUCUAUGUAAACUCAUUGAAUCACUAUGUGCACUUAUGUGAACUGGAAGUAACAAUGCUUAAUAUGGCUAUAGGAACAACAGUUACGGCCAAGAUAAAUGGUUCGACAGUAUCAAUACCGUAUUAUAGAGAUCUAAAUAUUAUAGUGGAGAAGUGUAUAACAACUAAUUUUAAACUUGGUCGCGAUGUUUUCGUUCAAAUUCUAAUGACGAGAAUCGAUUGUUCUGGAAGUCUUUGUUCUGGACAUUUUCGGUUUAGGGCAAUUAUGGAUAAGGGGGAAAAAAACUACUGUCCUUCACUUACAACCAAACCAAAUAGUCUCGAAUGGAUUGUUUGGCCGUGUUUCGGAAUUACUUCUCACAUUAUUUUAGUUAACGAUUUAACUACUACACGCAUAAUUAGUAUAGAGAUUUAUGGAUCGGAGGUAUCUACUUCUACAGCUCUACUUAACCUGCUACCUUCGACAGAUUGCUCUAUUAUGGGUGCAAAUUCAAAUAUAAUAUGCGGACAAUUCUCCUAUUGGACUAGUAAAUCAGAAGAUAGUGCGCCAAACAAUUACAAUCCAUUCCUAAUAUUGGACGAUAGUCAUACUACUUGUAUAAGUAGCGAGAUAUUUAAGAAUUUCUCGUGGAUUUCCAUACUUCCCGGUCAAUACGAUCUGGAGAAGCUUGUUAUAAUCACUAAUUCAACACCUCCUCUACUAACGAUACCAGUCAAUUUCACAUUUUGCGAUGACAAUGGACUAGUUGAAGUUAUUACAGAAAAUAUUAAAUUUGGCGAAGGGUUAUACACCUGUACAUUUAAUCUAUCAUUGUCCAUUAAGCCGUCAAGUUUAAAUAUAACAAUAGACGAAGGAUAUUAUGGAGAAUUUUGCGAGUUUCAACUCUAUGGAUCAAAGAUAUCCUCGUCUAAAAAUGCAAUAUCAGUAUCGAAUUUUCAAAUGUCUCUUAGCAAUUCUUAUAAUUGUACAAGCCCUGGAGAAAAGCUGGAAGAUUUUAUCUGGCUUCCCUCUAGUGAAUAUUGUUAUUCUAUAUACGGUAGAGUUAAUGGUAAACCGUGGGUUAGAGUAAAAUUUACUUAUAGCUACCUAAUAGAAACUGUACUAAUAUCGCAUAUGGACAACAUAUCGAGUGUAGAUAUUGGUUUGGUGGGAACAUGGAGAGGUGUUGAGUAUUUAACGGAAAAUGAAUAUCCUUUCAAAAGUCAGAGGAGGAUCUGCGCUACUGAAAUCAAUUUGAAUAGGUUCAGUGAAAGGAUUAACUGUCUUGAGAACGCUUAUGGAAAUUAUUUAUAUGUUGGGUCGUUAAACUAUAAAGCCACAAUUAGAAUAUGCGAGUUAGGCUUUUUUGGCUAUAGAUUCGAUUAUCUUGAGAAUGAACAUCUAUUACGAAUGGUUGAUAAAGUGUCGACCAGCUCAUUAAUACAUUUUGAUGGAAAUUCAAAUGUUACUUCCCUGUCAAUUUCACCAAUGUUUAAUGGAGAAGGUGAAUUGAUUAUUUACGGCCUACCUAGGAAUUAUCCUAUUCAAUUCCUAAACGAGUCUAACAUUCUGUUGCGUUUAAAUGAACCAUUCGUAAAGAAUAACGAUAUACUUUAUGACGUUCAGCAAAGUUCAAUAGAAAGUUUACUUUUCGAAGGAGAUUUUACAGCAGAGCUAUUUGUAAGAAUUUUUGGAAUUUUUAAAAGAGGAGUCUACUCUAAACCUAUUGUGAACGAUGCUAAACUCUAUCAAGGAACCUCAAAACUAUUUAACACUUUUCAAUUGUGCAGUAGCGAAUGUCUAAAAGACUCAAAUUGCUGGGCAUAUUCAUGGUCGAAAGAUUCGUGUAAAUUUUCAUAUUCUCCGAAAACAAGUGGACAAAUUAUAGAUUUCUAUAAGUAUUACGAUCAAGACCAGUAUCAAGUUCGAUAUGAAAAAACCGGAAGCGCAAUUUUUUCAAUUUGCGUUCAAAAUAUAACGAACGAACUAAAUGAACGGUGUCCCAAUUGAAACAGAUGACAUUGAUUAUAAAAUAUAUGUCAAAUAAUCUAUAUAAAGGAAAGGCGAGUGCCAUAAGUAUUCAUAUCAUCUCUUCUUCUAACUAAGGAAAUAAAGAUUUAUUCAAAAUUAAUUUUUUGAUGAUUUCUCUUCUCUUUCCAUUCAUAUAUUAAAAGGGAAAUAUGAAGGUAAAGAAUGGGGA